AUGGCAAAAGGUGCGUUAGCCACAGAUUUGGCCACUUCGAAGCGCCCCCUUGUGGUGGCCAAAUCAUUGAGAGACCCGGAUGUAACAGGAUGGAGACACGUGACUGAGAACCGUCCUCAUGGACGCUCUGAGCCGCUCUCUCUCCUCUCUGAGCGUGUCGAGCCGCUGCGCUCCGUCCUGCACCUGCGCCUCCAUCACAGACCCACGCUGAGGCUGACACAGACGCUCGGAGGCCACAGCGCGCCCGUGAGCGGCCUCUCCACAGCGCGCACACAGCCCCACGCCUUCUACUCUGCGUCUCUGGACGGCAGCGUGCGGCUGUGGGACGUGCGCGCCGUGGGGCAGACGCGGCAGGCGCAGCAGGAGUUCCGCGGCGCUCCCGAACAUGCCUUCUCGGCGCUCGGCGUCAGCUGCGACGGCGCGCUGCUCUGCGGCGGCACGGAGCAGGUGGACGGCGAGGACAGCUUCCUGGUGUUCUGGGACGCAAGGAAACCAGGCGCUAUGUUAGGGGUGUACUCUGAGUCGCACUCUGAUGACAUCACACAGGUGCUCUUCCAUCCCACAGACAAGGACAGAAUGGCGUCUGGUUCCACUGAUGGGCUGGUGAAUGUCUUUGAUUUGUCUCGUGGAGCCGAGGAGGAGGCUCUGAUCGCCACCUGCAACAGUGAGUCGUCCGUGAGCUCCCUCUGCUGGCUGGGACCGGGACCAGCAGGAGGCCCAGCAGCAGGAGGCCCAGCAGCAGGAGGCCCAGCAGCAGGAGGAGCAGCAGCAGCAGGAGGCCCAGCAGCAGGAGGCCCAGCAGCAGGAGGAGCAGCAGCAGCAGGAGGCCCGUCCCACUCGCGCCUCCUCUGUGUGGCUCACGACGAGGGCCUGAAGCUCUGGGACCUCCUCAGUUUGGAGACAGAGGAGCAGCUCACGGUCUACAGCAGCAGAGACGCUCGCUGCAGCUCCGCUGACUCAGCAGUGGACUCCUCUGUGGACUUCCUGGUGGGGGGCCUGUGGCUGGAGCAGGAGCAGCAGGUCCUGGUUCUCGGGGGCCGUGCUGGAGGAGAGGUGCUGCUGUUCAGCUGUGACGCUCAGGGACUGCGGCUGCUGCGGCGGCUGAAGAGCGGACACUCGGCUCCUGUGAGAUGUUUCGGCUUCGAUCCACAAUCACACGGUCUGUUCACGGGAGGGGAGGACGGGGAGCUGCUGCACUGGAGCCCAGAGGGGGGAGGAGGAGGAGGAGGAGGAGGAGGAGGAGGAGGAGGAGGAGGAGGAGGAGGAGGAGGAGGAGGAGAUACAGUUGCAGACGUCGGCCGGGACUCGCACAGAUCCUUGAAGAGUUCGUCUGUGAUGAGGCUGAAGUCCAGACCACACAACAAACACAAGCUCAACAGACGCACAAAGCCCACGUGA